CUAGUCCACAAUCUUAUCAUCAAUCAACGAAAUAAAAAAACUGUCGAUAGUGAACGAUCCUCAUUUCUUGCCUUUUGAUAUGAUAUAACCCAUAUGAGAGCAGAACAGAAUAGACAAAGAAAAAGUUGGGAGGAACGUUUCAUAUUGACAGCUUGUGUUGUGUGUAGUGUGGUGCCUUCUCAAAGAUGGCUACUUUUUCGCAAGUGUUUUUUGUCAGAGGAACUUUUACUGUGUUAUUGUAACUUAUCUUCGUGUCCUUCUUGUUGGAUUUCUUUUAAGUCUCCGAUGAUUCCUUAACACUUCCCGUUCUUUUAAAAAGUGGGACAAUGAAUUGUCACCAAAUCCUCAGCGGAGCCUGUAAUGUAGGUGACCGCUGCUUUGCUGUGGGCAGUGUUGAAGGGAUUCCUUUUACUGCUUAUGCUGCGGGGUGUAACAUUGUUAUAUUGGCGAGUACCUUUGAGCGUGUUCAGAUUAUUCCUGGUGCUAUUCAUAAUUAUAUCCGGAUCUCUUGUCUGGAUUGUUCUACUGAUACCGGAAAAAUCGCUGCUGCUUAUGAAAAUCAAGUGUGCAUAUUUGAGCCGACACCUCUUAUUCAUCAUACGUCGUCUCAUCAAUUGGAUUACCGAUGGGUUCAGACCGGUAGCCUUCAAACAGAAUCACACAUCAGUUCCCUGUCAUGGAACCUGGAAGGCACCAGAUUGCUUACUGGCGGGGAAGUUCUUCAACUGUGGCAUCAAAGGCUAGAUCCAAGAGCUGAAAAUGAUCUCGAGAAUGGUGGAAAUUCAGGAGUUACUUUUGAAAUUGGUGGGGAAUCCCAGUCGCAGGCAAAUCUCUCAGGACCAGGUGCUGAUGGAGAUGAUGAAAACUGGCAGGGAUGGGACUGUGUAUGGAAGUGUCGGACUGCAACCCCAGUGUUCCACAUGGCCUUCUCACCAGAUGGCACCCUCUUUGCCACCUCAGGGAAAUGCGACCGGCUUGUUAAGAUAUGGUUUGAAAAUAAACAAUUGUUGUUUCCCUCUAAAAGUGUGGAUCAACCUCUGGGAUACACUGGGCAAUCUGUUGCAUCUGAAUUUAAUUAUGGCUUUGUUUAUAUUGCUCAUCCUCGUGCUGUUACUCAAAUAUCAUGGAGGAAAACUAGCAAAUACAUGCCAAAGGGAUCUGUAUCAAACAUGUUGGUGACAUCAUGUCGAGAUAAUAUUUGUAGACUUUGGGUGGAGACAGUACUGCCUGAUGAUGGUCUAGUCAAUAUGAGUCAACUUGAUCCUUUAGCAGCUCAGAAUCCGAAGUUUCGCACGCACCGUCACAAACACCGCUUUAUGCAAAGGCUCAAACACAUGAAAACCUGCUUUCAUAUAAGAAGACAUGCCAAACACAACCAUGGACGUGGGAGCAUACCUGGAUCUACUGGGCCAAUCCCCACUUUACCAUCUACAUACAGUGUUCAUGACUUCCACAACUAUGGCUUUCAUGGAACGGGUGUUACACCAGGCUUGCAUUUUCACUUGGCUGCUAGCAUUAAUGGCGAGACUGAUAUUCCUCUGGUUCCUAGUCUUAUUACUGGUGACCCUGAGAGAGAGCCUAAUUUUAUUUUGCACUGGCUUAAUAACAAAGAAAUGCAUUUCACAAUGCAGGCAGAAAACCUUCUUCAUGAACUUACUCGCAAAGGAAUGGAAAAAGAGGAGGGAGCUGAUAGUAAUCGAGAUAGUUCAGAGCACCAUGAAUCAGAACAUGAUGACCGAGGAACAAAGCGUAGGCCUGGUCGUGUAGGAAAGGCCUUAUCCCAAGAUGAAAGUGGAAGUGAGGAAGUGAGUGCAGCUCAUCACAGUAGUGUGCCUUCUAGUGGUCCUCAUAGUCACCAAUCAUUGAGCGCUGCAACAUCUAUCAACUCACUAGCAACAGACACAGGACCUCCCUUAGGACAGGUACCAGAUUUUUUAGAAGCCAAGAUUGAUAAUUUGUUGAGGGAUUGGCAUCAAAGCCCAGAUCUAUUGUUUUCCAUCCACCCAAUAGAUGGGAGCUUCCUCAUUUGGGUAGUUGAGUGGUUGGAUGAAUACCAUCCUGGUUCAUUUCGCCAAGCUCAAGUUUCUUUCUCAACACGCAUUCCAUCAGCAUUUCCUCUUGGUGAUGCAGCCACAAUGUCAACAAAUGUGUGCCUCUACAGCACUUCAGGAUGCACACAUCAGCUUCUCAGUACUUGCCUUCAUGGAGAAGGUACAGCCAAGUCUCCAUCAUCAGCUUCGGCCAUGGGUGUGGGUCUUUCAAAUGGGGGAGGGACGCCUGGCCUGAAUCCUACAUCCCUUGAUCCUGCUGCUGAAAUGCCAACACCACUUCCCUGUGUAAUGGAAGAAGAGCCAGAUUGGACCCCAGGAAAUGAAACUGCUACUCCUGCAAUUACCAAAACAAGUGCAAGUGGUGGAAGUAAACCACAUGCUACUCCUGGCAGUCCACAGGGGGAGGAUUCUGAACAUGGCAACAACGUGCAAGACCUGAUUGCUGGAGCUCCUUCCCCUGUCGCCUCAAUGGUUACAAAACAUUCCAACGGCACCCUAAAUUUAUGGCAAAUAACCUUUGCAGAUCGUACCAAAUUUUCUCAGGUUUUGAGCAUUGGCCACUUUUCUCGAGCUUCUGGCCACCGCUUCCGUGUAAAUGAUAUCACUUGCCAUCCAGUUUUGCCUCUUCUUUUAACAACGUCGCAUCACAACCUUCUAGAUGCUCCAAACUCCCCUGAUGAUGAAAUAGGAGUUGAAGAGGGAGUUGACAAACAAGCAGCUCGAGCAAAAGGAUUACCAACAGGCUUUUGCAGUGAACUCAUUCUUUGGAGGGUUGAUGCAGUUGGCCCACUCUCCAAGUCAGGUGGUGUUUCUGAACUUGCAAGAAUUAACUCUCCUGAAAUAUCAGCAUUUUCUAAUGUGGCAUGGAUACCCACACUUCUUCCAAGUACCACUUUGGGAAAUUUGUCCAAUUCCCCAAGUGCGUGUUUUGUUGCAUCAGAUGGAGAAAGUUUAAGGGUUUAUCAAGCAGUUAUUGAUGCCCGCACUCUCCUAGCUGAAGUUUCAUCCUCUGAGAGAAGAAGCAGGAUGCAGGACUCAAUGGUUAGCUUGUCAUCAGAUGCCUCUUCUGAUGAUGGAAUGAAACAUUCUUCAUUGCAUGAUCGCAUCAAGAUAGUUUCUCAACAGUCUACAUCACGUCCAGGCUGCAUCAUUCAGUUAGAUGCUAUUGCUGAUGCUACACAUGAUUGGCAAAACACGCAGUUUUUACAUGUUUUCCAAGAACAACUUAUCACUGGGGAACGAGGGGAUACCUCUCCUCCUACUAUAGAUUCAAUGCGAAGAGAGAGUGACUUAGGGUUGAUGGAGACACAGCUUGGUGCCAUGGUUGAUCUUCAACAACUUUCUGUCUUUGAAGAACCAUUUUACAUAGUGGUAUUGGAGAGGGCUGGCAAGGGAACAACUGUUCACAUGUGGCGCCUUGUAAUGGCAUCUCAACCAGAAAGCCAUGAAUUAACUGGGAGUAUGAUGUAUGUACCAGACAGUCAGCUUGUUCAGGAUGAUGAAGAGAAUGAAUCUACAGGCCGCCACAAUAGCACAACCACCACUACGGGUGAAAUGAGAGAUGAUCGCCAAACAGGACCGAUGCAAGCACCUCAUGUUCUUAUUACGACUACAAAGGUUUGCACUCAAGAAUUGCCAUUACCCGAUGGUGUUGAAGUUAUUCAUGCAUCUCCUGCUGCAGGACAUCUUAGUUCUGCAUCAAUCUAUCCUGCCUGCUUUGCUCCUUAUAUAGUAGUGACUGCUUGCUCUGAUAGCACCGUGAGAUUUUGGAAGUGUAAGGUAACAAAAUGCAAUGGCUCAAAAAAGAGUUAUGAAUGGUGUGAGUGGGAAAUGUUACGCAAGGAUCAAGAAUCAACUAUUGAUAUAUCAGGACAACCAUUGAAUAUAAGUGCUGCAUAUAGUGGAAGAAUAGCCUGUGCUUACAAAUAUGGAAAAUCAUUUACUCGUCCGUCCAAAAAUGAUCCCGAUUCUAGAUAUGUUAACCUCUGCGUUGCCAUUUAUGAGUGUGAAAGUACUGGAGGCUCCGAAUGGGUGUUGGAGGAUACUAUUCACUUGAAAAAUAUUCAUCUCCCCAAGAUACGAGUUGACAAUCACCUUGACUUAAGCUAUCUCUACGACCAAUCCUUCUUGCAGUCUAAACAGCAGCGCAUUAAUUCUUUAAUGCGAGCAUUUUCAUCCACAGAAGACCUUGAGUCGCGCACACCUCACAAGAAUGGAGAGCAAAAUACUCCACCAAUAUUAGAACCCCCUAGCAGUCUUCAUAAAACUGGUGCGUGCUUAGAUGAGGGCUGUGGAUGUCUUCUUGCAGUUCCAAGCUUCAGCACUCUACAAUCACUACGAAAAUCCAUCAUUGAUCAUGGAAACACUUGCCCUCUCACACAGAAGCACUUAGUUCAAUUAGAUUGGGUAUCUAAAGAAGAUGGUUCCCACAUUCUCACUGUAGGAGUUGGUAGCAAGGUGAUGCUCUUUACUCCUGUGUCAAGUGAUCUGGCCCAAGCAAAUAUGAAGGCAAUGAAGGAGUCACAGUCAACCAACAGACCUAUUCUUCGGAAAGCUUCCUCUCUUGCUGCCCCCAAUUUUGUGGACGAAAUAAGGUGGAUGAAGCUUCGUAAAAUUGACCUGACCACAGCUGAUGGUCUUCCCCCACUACCUAUGCAAAUUUCUUGGGUUCGUGAUGGGAUUCUUGUUGUGGGAAUGGACAGUGAAAUGCAUGUCUACUCUCAGUGGAAACCAGAUUGUGCAGAUGAAUUUGGGCCCAUAUCUGGUGGCCGUUUAACUCACCAGGAAUCAGAUGAAUUUCAAGACACUCGUAAUUUGCGUGAUGAAGACUUACGCAAUAUUGCACAAGAGACAUCUCAGCGAAGACUUGCAAAUGUCAGUUCCAUGCCACACCUAUCCCGUGUUAGCUCUAUUAACUUAAAUAUGCUUUCAUCUGACACUAAAAAGAGGAAAGGUGGUGCCGCAACUCAACAAGAACCUUUGACAAAUGUUGAUUAUAUGCCUGACUAUGGACUAUUUGAAGCUAGUCGCAUUGCAUGUCCUGUUCUUCCCCAGUAUCAUCCUAAGCAACUGAUGGAGCUUUUGAACUCAGGAAAAAUUCGCUGGGUAAAGGCCAUUCUGGCCCAUCUUGUCAGGUGCAUUUCUGGAACGUAUGCUGUAAGAGGACAAACCGUUUGUUCAAGUUCCGAUGAGGAAAGCAUUGUUCGUCAACGUGGUUGGUCUAGGUCGCGGACUCUUUCCGUUAGCUAUGCCGGCACUACAAGCCCCCUUGAGCAGAGAGGUUCCACCACUGCCAUUCCAGAGGAGUUAACAUUGGACUAUGCUGAGAUCACCUCCAUUCCUCCCCUGCCCCUUUGGACCCUGUUAGCUGCUGAUAAGGAAACUGCUGGAAAUGCUACUCAAGGAAAAGAUGAUCAACAGGACUACAAUGAGCUAUUUGAUGCUAAUGUAUCAAUGGGUGAUGAGUCCUUGGAUGACAUUUUGGAAGACGAAAUGCCUGAUUCACCUCGCCGACGUGACAGACGUCAGUCUGUCGCUCAGGAAAGACAAGGGCUGUCUCACUUUGGUCCUAGACAGGGAAGAGUUUUGUCGCGUCUACUCACUCACACCCAUCUUCCGGGAUUGUCAAGUCUAGAUCAGAUGCACUUGUUGGCUUUAGCUGAUACUGUUUCAACCUGCAACACUGAUUUUGCUGAAAGAUUUGCCAUUGAUGCUGCAAAAACUGCCAUUGCCAAGGAAAAUCUGACUGGUGUCCCUGAGGGUGAAGAAGUCUCUACAGAUUCUUUGGAUGAUUGUGGACUGAGGUUUUUGUUAGCUAUGAAGCACUACAAUUAUUUGCUCCGCUGCUUGCCUCUUGUUCAGAGAGCUCUUUUCCAGAAACAGGGUGUCAGCACCACUAAUCUUGUUUGGGCGUAUCAUUCUGAGAGUGAAGAAGAGCUUCUUCAACUAAUACCAUCUUAUGCCAAAGGACAGCCCCGCUGGAACACAUUGAAAGAGCUGGGGGUUGGUUGGUGGUUAAGGAAUAACACAGUGCUUAAAACUUGCAUUGAGAAAGUUGCAAAGGCUGCAUACCAAUCAAGUCAAGAUCCUCUAGAUGCUGCUAUCUUUUACUUAGCUAUGAAGAAAAAGAGCUUGGUUUGGGGCUUAUUCCGUUCAAGACGUGAUGACCGUAUGACGGCAUUUUUUGCCAAUAAUUUCGCAGAAGAUAGGUGGCGUAAAGCAGCACUUAAAAAUGCAUUUGCACUUUUGGGAAAGCAGCGCUUUGAGCAUGCUGCUGCUUUCUUCCUUCUAGCUGGUGCCCUUCAGGAUGCCAUUGAAGUUUGUUUGAACAAGUUAGAUGAUCUGCAGCUUGCAAUGGUGAUAGCUCGAUUGUAUGAAGGAGACAUGGAUUCUACUCCUCCAGGUGUCAAAAAACUCCUGUAUGACAAUAUUCUUGGUUGUGAUGGUAAUGGAAACAAUUUGAAUCCUUCAAAAGCUCAUCCUGAUCCCUUCCUUCGCUCCAUGGCUCUGUGGACUCUGAAAGAUCACACUGGAAGUUUAAAUACUCUUUUACAAACUAAUAUUGGUUGUAAUCAUCCUAGCUAUAAUGAUGAAGAUAAAAGUGAAGGAGCUACAGCAAACCCAAAUGUGUUCAAUUUUUAUGUCUAUCUACGCACUCAUCCACUGCUUAUUCGCCAGUAUCUGGCUAGUACUGCUCAGGACAAAAAGAAAACUCAUGUUGUUCUUUCCGGCUUUACUUAUGGUUCUGAUACAAGUACAUCUAAUCCUGAUAGACAGUUACUGAUAGAGGAUUCAAUAACUCCAUUGGAGAGGCAACUCUACUUCACCACUGCUCAUGCCCACUUCAAGGCUGGUUGUCCUGCAUUAGCUCUGGAGGUGUUGUCGAAGCUGCCCAGUAAAGUGAUGGAUGCUAAUGGCGAGGAUUCUCCAA